AUGGAAGAACCGGUUGUUGUGAACAAAGGAGAAGAACCUCUGAAUUUGCCUCCAGGUUUCAGGUUUCACCCUACGGAUGAAGAGAUCAUAACUUGUUAUCUGAUAGAAAAAGUGAUGAAUAGCAGUUUCAGUGCAAUUGCUAUUGGUGAAGCUGAUUUGAACAAGUGUGAGCCUUGGGACUUACCAAAGAAAGCCAAGAUGGGGGAGAAAGAUUGGUACUUCUUUUGUCUUAGAGAUAGGAAGUAUCCAACAGGCAUGAGAACCAAUAGAGCAACAGAAUCAGGGUACUGGAAGGCCACUGGAAAAGAUAAGGAGAUUUUUAAAGGGAAAGGUAACUUGGUGGGGAUGAAGAAGACCCUUGUGUUCUAUAGAGGGAGAGCUCCAAAGGGGGAAAAAUCUAAUUGGGUUAUGCAUGAAUUCAGAUUGGAAGGCAAAUUUGCAAGUCACAACCUCCCUAAGACUGCAAAGGAUGAAUGGGUUGUCUCCAAGAUAUUUCACAAGAACACAGAUGUUAAAAAAACCCCAAUUCCUGGGCUUUGGAGGAUGAACUCAUUUGGGGAUGAUCUUGUGGAUUUUUCUUCACUCCCACCUCUUGUGGAUCCUCCUUACAACCACACCACCAAUAAGCCUUCAAGUUACAUUGACAAUGACUUCAAAUGCACUAGCCAACCAUCAUCAUCAACUAAAUCAACACCAUCUUACAACUACUACAACAUUCCCAGCUUUUUCACCACCACCAACAACAACAUAAACCAGAUGCUGAUCAAGCCAGAAGAUCACAGAAACUAUGAGACCAACCAAGGGAAUUUCAGUGAUCCAAUGGGAAGCACCCUUUCUCAGCAUAACAUGCUCUCAGAUUAUUAUAUACACCAAGGCAAGAACAUUUCCAUGCCUAGUGUUGCAGCUGGUUCAGGUUUUUGGAGCAACAAUGAUCAUGUUAUUUCUGGAGCAUUGAACAAACAGUGCAAGAUGGAGCAAUUCUCUACCAACCAAUCUGUGGUGAGUGUCUCGCAGGACACAUGCAUGAGCAAUGACAGAAACACUGACACAUCCUCAGUGGUUUCGAAGCUAGACAUGGGAAGGAAUAGAACAUUGUAUGAAGAUCUUGAGGGUCCUUCUUCAGUUGCUCCCCUCUCUGAUUUGGAAUGCCUUUGGGAUGACUAUUGAAGAAUAAGAGAUAUACAUGAUGAAGAGACAAAGAAAGUUUGGUUUUUAAUAAUAUUUUAGGAUCAUUUAUAUGUAUUGAUUACAUCACAUAUAUAUCUUCUGAUUUUAGAAACUCAUAUAAAUAUUAUUAGACAUUGAAGUUCUUGGAUACACAUAUGCUGUAUAGAUUUAUGAUUAUCCAGGCCCUUUUUAAGUUAGGUUUUCAUUCGUAGAUCAUAUACCAAGGAGAAGGAAUUGAUUGUACUCAUGUAC